AAUAUCGGUCUUUUGUAUCUUCCAGGUUCAGGUGUGGGACACAGCGGGUCAGGAACGCUUCCGCAAGAGCAUGGUGGAGCACUACUACCGCAACGUGCAUGCUGUGGUCUUUGUCUACGACGUCACGAAGAUGACCUCCUUCACCAACCUCAAAAUGUGGAUCCAAGAAUGCAAUGGGCAUGCUGUGCCCCCACUAGUCCCGAAAGUGCUUGUGGGCAACAAGUGUGACUUGAGGGAACAGAUCCAGGUGCCCUCCAACUUAGCCCUGAAAUUUGCUGAUGCCCACAACAUGCUCUUAUUUGAGACGUCAGCCAAGGACCCCAAAGAGAGCCAGAAUGUGGAGUCAAUUUUCAUGUGCCUGGCUUGCCGAUUGAAGGCUCAGAAAUCCCUGCUCUAUCGUGAUGCUGAGAGGCAGCAGGGAAAGGUGCAGAAACUGGAGUUCCCACAGGAAGCUAACAGUAAAACUUCCUGUCCCUGUUGAAACCAAAUGGUAUAAAUACAAGAGCAAUUAUCACUGGAGGGUUUUUUCUUUCCCUUUUUUCCGUGCCUGCGUAACACUGACACCUGCUCGUUUCCAUACAAAUUGAUACUAAAAUAAAAUUUGUAUAGAUUAUCACG